AUGAGCUGCGGCGAACAAAAACAGCCCAGUGCGGGGGAAGUGAGGCCCAGCCUCAGCUCCACUCCUGUGAUGGGGAGACACGUCACUUUGCAUCAGCUCCAGCCCUCCAAACCACAUCAUCUGCAAGUGAGAAGAACAAGACCGCUCCACGGGGAGAGGACAGCAGAGGAGAACAAGGCCAGUAGGAAUGAAAGAGAGAAGAAGAGGGGGAUGACGAGAAGAGAAGAGAAGAGAAGAGAAGAGAAGAGAAGAGCUGAAGCUUUAGGUGAAGUCGAUGCUAAUCAGUCGAAUUGA